CGCUUAAUUAGGCAACGCUCAAGUGAGGAGACGAGCACUCGCCUUGCGCCUAACGCCUUUUUGAAUCUUGCCCGGGUGAACUCUUCUCUCAUUGGGACAACCUCGAUUUACUUUACUUGCUUGUUUUCAUUUGUAGUAUUCUUAGCUUUAAACCCAAAAACAUUUGCUAGAUAACAAACUAAGCAAUUGAAGUAGGGGUACAUGGACCCGCCCAGGUUUGACAAUUAAAACAUAUAUGCCCUAUAAUGCACACGGCUAGAGUUUAUGCUUGAGCUCUAGUUAGGGUUUAAAUCGUGGUGUAUCUGUGGUGAGUCAGGAGGCAACGAAAAUCUCCGUUGAUGCCGACGAGGACGAUCCAUCCUUCCUGGCCACCAAAGUAACGGUUCUCUGCCCCGACAUUACCAAGCUCUCCAUUCCGUUUCCCCAGGAAUUCUUACCAUAAAGAAUCCGACCCUAACUCUUGUCAGUCAACACCAAUCGACAUCCCGACUCUUAGCGUCGAUUCCCUUGCAAUUGGUGAGAAAGAAAUAGGAUCGGGGUUCCCUAGCAAUGGUUUCGCCCCACAGGCUCAACAAUCGACUUAAAGUUUAGGGUCCCGAUGCAAGUGGAGGCCAAGAGAGGCAUGAAAACCAUGCGAUUCCUCGGUGAAACGCAUACAACGUUGUAGAUGCUGUAUCGAUUCCAUUCAUCAACCGACCCCUUCGAAUCCCAGUACCACUACCCUCGGCUUCUCGCAGCCUCUAGUGGGCCCAAGUCUCUGCAGUAGGUCGGAGACUGCAAUAGAAGCGGCAAAGGACAAUUGUCGACGACAGGGAGGCAGCGAUGCCUGUGCUGAAGUUUCCAUGCGAGGUAAGCAGAAGAGACUCAAACGCUACACCGACGGUGGGUAUGGUUUUGAGUGGCGAAGGCAAGGCGACCAAGAUUUGGCGAUGGCAGACGUUUGGGUUAGGGUCCGAAAUCAGGCCAUGAUUGAUAUGAAAAGUAAAAUAUUAAUUUUUAUUAUUUUUUAAUUGCCAUGUUACUCAUUUAAUAGUCAACUAUUAAAGUUGACUGCCACGCCAGAAAAAUUUAAUUGAGACUAAUAGAGAGUGCCUUGAACCGUUGAACCAAUUUAAUUAACAAGGGAUGAAAUAAAAUAAUUUUAAUGGCAAAGGUUAAAUAAUUUUAGUGACAAAACUUGUAAUUUACCCAACAAGUUUUCACGAUCUACGGAUACCACGUAACCGUAAAAAAUGACAAAAUGUGAACAAGGAAAUCCCAAACCACCACGCCACGAGUAAGACCGGCGCUGGCUUCGCUAGCUAGCCAACUACUAUAGCCUAUGCCCGUGCGGCGAAACGGAGGCGGUUACUGGUUUGAGCGAAAUCGAAGCAUCUGCACGAAAUUAGUGCAAAGGCGAAACUGGAAAGUGAUAGCUCUGGGUUGAGGCGGUGUUUGCGCUUCUGCUGCCUGGAUUGGCUCUUGCGCUUUCGUCAUUCUCCUCUCCGCGACGGCGACAUGGAAGUCGAUUCGCCUCCUGAUCCUAUCCCGCUCAACCCUCGUUAUAGGGUUGUCGAGAGGCUUGCGCAGUUUGGUGUGCCUGACGAGAAUCUGAAGAAGCUGUUCCCUGGUUUAGUGGCGUUUGUGGCUGAUAAACGGCCGCGUUUAGCGAGCUUAGUGUCUGCUAUCUUGCCCACUGAUGAGGAAGUGGAGGAGAUAGUUCAAAAAUCCAAGGCCGGUUCGAAGAAGGUAGUGAGCCCGACAAUGAGAAAUCGUUUUAAGGAAUGCACGAAUUGGUUGCAGUGGCUGAUGUUCUUGGGCGACCCUGCUGUUGCCCUAUUAAACUUGUCUAGGUUGAGUUCAGGACGUGGUGUCUGUGGGGCUGUUUGGGGUACUAAUGAUAUAGCCUAUAGGUGCCGUACUUGUGAACAUGAUCCAACUUGUGCCAUUUGUGUUCCGUGUUUUCAAAAUGGUAAACACGAGGAUCAUGAUUAUUCAAUAAUCUAUACUGGUGGAGGUUGUUGUGAUUGUGGAGAUGCAACCGCUUGGAAACGGGAGGGAUUUUGCACUACACAUAAAGGUGCUGAACAGAUACAGACCCUUCCACAGGAGUAUGCUACCUCUGUAGGACCAGUACUUGAUGCCUUGCUUGGGUUCUGGAAGAAUAAGUUAAUUGUUGUGCAGUGUAUCUCCCAGGAGAACUCCAGUGAUCGUCUGACCGUUUGCAUUAAGUAUGCUACUGAGCUAACGAAUUGGGUGGUUGAGAUGCUGCUAGACUUCUGCAAGUACAGUGAAAGUUUGCUUAGUUUUGUUUCCAGAAGGGUGACUGCUUUGGAUGGCUUGUUGGAGAUCCUAGUAAGGUCAGAGAGUUCAUUGGGUGAGAGUGUUUCAAGGAAGCUUCAUGAAUUGCUUCUUAAAUUAUUAGGAGAGCCCACCUUCAAAUAUGAGUUUGCCAAAGUAUUUCUCAGCUAUUACCCGUUUGUUGUAAAUGAAGUAAUUAAAGAUGGCACAGAGAAUGGUCUCAAGAAGUAUCCACUAUUAUCGAAAUUCUCUGUUCAGAUCUUUACAGUGCCCACUCUAACCCCUCGACUUGUAAAGGAGAUGAACCUUCUUGCUAUACUGCUGCGGUGCUUGAGGGACAUUUUUUCUCAUUGUGCUGGAGAGGAUGGCUGUCUACAGAUCUCCAAGUGGGGAAACCUGUACGAGAUUACCAUUCGUGUGGUCGACGAUAUUCGUUUUGUUAUGAGCCACAGCGUUGUCCCAAAGUACGUAACCUAUGAACGGAGAGACAUCCUGAGAACUUGGAUGCAACUUUUGUCUUUCUUGCAAGGAAUGAGUUCUCUAAAGAGAGAAACUGGCAUCCAUGUAGAAGAAGAUGGUGACAAUGCAAACUUAUCUUUUUGUUUGGGCCAUUCUAUUGCAAACAUUCAUUCCCUUUUAGUGGGUGGAGCAUUUACUGGCAACGAAGAGGCUGAUGAAGAUUUCUUUUCAAAGAUGAAUGCACAUGAUGUGGAUGAAGGAGAUAGCCUUAGGCAUGCGAAAGUGGGAAGGCUACUGCAGGAAAGUUCUGUAUCUAGUGCAACCGGGAGGAACUCUUCAAGUGGUUCGUCAGCAACGCACGAUAAUAUCGAAUUGGACUCUGUCUCUCAUUCUCCUAUUCCUUCAGCUGUCACAUGGAUGUCCCAUGAGUGUUUGAAAGCAAUCGAGAGCUGGCUGGAGGCUGAUAAUUCUUCAAGCUCUCUAAUAUCUCAGAAUGCUAGCGGUAUUGCUGACAGCAACUUUGUAGCUUUGAAAAGAACAUUAUCUAAGAUUAAGAGAGGUAAGUAUAUUUUUGGACUUAGUUCAAGUGAGGAUAGAAAUAGGCACGGUGGUUCUCCUACACAUAGUCUCAUGACUGCAGACUUGGAAGAUGUUAGGGGUACUGCCCUGAACUGUAGAGCAAGUCCUGAUUCUGCAGGUCUUGAUAGUCCUAUUGGAGGAAAUGGUUCGUCGGAUUUAGAUGCUCUGCGGGUUCUCAGUUCAUCAGAGUGGCCUAACAUAGUUUUUGAUGUUAGUUCGCAGCCUGUGUCAGUUCACAUUUAUUUACAUCGGUUACUUGCCCUCCUUUUGAAAAGAUCGCUGAGAAGGUCAUAUGGUGAGUCUGAUGUGGGUAACCUUAUGGCAUCUGCAAUCCCCAAAGAUUUCUUUGGGUCUGUCCUUAGGGGCUACCACCCCUUUGGUUUCUCUGCCUUUGUUAUGGAGCAUCCUUUGCGUAACAGGGUAUUCUGUGCCCAAGUUCAGGCUGGAAUGUGGAGGAAGAAUGGUGAUGCUGCUAUUAUGUCCUGUGAGUGGUAUCGAUCAGUUCGCUGGUCUGAGCAGGGUCUGGAACUUGAUCUAUUUCUUCUUCAGUGCUGUGCUGCGUUGGCCCCCGCUGACUUUUUUGUUACCAGAAUAGUUGAGCGAUUUGGUCUGUCAGAAUACUUAUCUUUGAAUCCUGAAAUGUCGAACGAGUAUGAACCUGUCUUGGUGCAAUCUAUGCUGACUCUUAUCAUACAAAUUAUCCAAGAAAGACAUUUUUCUGGGCUGACUACCGCUGAGAAUCUGAAAAGAGAGUUGGUUCAUAGGUUAGCCAUCGGAGAUGCCACUCACAGUCAACUGGUGAAGUCUUUGCCCCGUGACCUCUCCAAGUCUGACCAGCUUCAGGAGAUCCUAGAUGCAGUUGCUGUGUAUUCUAAUCCAUCCGGUGUUAAUCAGGGUAUGUAUUCUCUGCGUUCUUCGUUCUGGAAAGAGUUAGACCUGUACCAUCCUCGGUGGAGCUCAAGAGAGUUGCAAGUUGCUGAAGAAAGAUACUUGCGCUAUUGUAAUGUCUCUGCAUUGACUACUCAGUUACCCAGAUGGAAAAAGAUCUAUCCUCCUCUCCAGGGCGUGGCCAGAGUUGGUACCUGUAAAGUUGUCCUUCAAAUCAUCCGUGCUGUGUUAUUUUAUGCUGUAUUUUCUGAUAAGAUAAAAGAGAAUCGCGCUCCAGACGGUGUUCUUUUGGCUGCGCUGCAUUUACUGAUGUUGUCAUUGGAUGCCUGUUGUCAGCUGACUGUAUCAAAGGACACAUUAUCGGACUUGGGAGAUCCCAUCCCCUUAAUUAAAUUUUCUGGUGAAGCAGUCAAUGAUUCCGUACUUUAUGAUGCUGGCGAACAGAGUUUACUUUCACUUCUUGUCUCACUAAUGAGGAUGAACAGACGAGAGAACUUAAAUGGCUUCUUUCAAGCUGACAGUUGUGACAUUGCUUCUCUGAUUGACAAUAUUCUGAAGAGAUUUGCCGAGAUGGAUUGCAGAUGCAUGACAUUACUUCAACAGCUUGCACCUGAAGUGGUUGUUCAGUUUUCACAGCCAAUGCAACUGUGCGACACAAAUAUGCCAAACUUAGAAUCUGACCAUGAGAAACGGAAAGCCAAAGCUCGAGAGCAACAGGCCGCUAUAAUGGCAAAAAUGAAGGCGGAGCAAUCCAAGUUCUUGUCAAGCAUUAAUUCUACCAUCCUUGAUGAUUCAAAAUCUGAAUCGGAAGAAAGCAACUCUGAUGGUGAACACUACUUCAAAGAUCUGGCGCAGGAUGUUUGCUCUCUUUGUCAUGAUCCUGACUCCAAGGAUCCCUUAUCUUUCUUGGUUCUUCUUCAGAAAUCAAGGCUUUUGAGCAUUAUCAAUAGAGGGACACCCUCAUGGGAUAAAGCUUGGCAGUUGGAUAUAGAGCAUUUGUCAGAAAUCAAUAAAGUGACAGGUCAAUCUGGAGUUACCUCCUCCAAUGCUUCAGCAUCCUCUCAGUUGUUGCAGUUUGUACAGAAUAUUGUAAAUGAGUUCUCUCGUUAUGGGAAACCUGGGGAAGUUAACAAUGUUUUGAAAAUCCUGAAGUCUCAAUUCCCGUCACUAGAAAAUGCUGAAGUUUCCUGGACAUUCAAGGAUGGGAAUGAUGAGAACAUUUACACCCUUGAGAUGUGGGAAGACGACUUGUAUUUGUCCAUCAGAAAGGAAGUUCUAGAAUCCAGUCUUGAGUUGGGAAUGGCAAAUGAUUAUUCUCAUGCAGAUGGAGAUCAGCCAAAUGACUACAAGAUCACUGACUCACUGUUCAUUGGCAAAUAUGUGGCUGCACUUUCUUCUGAAAUGAUUGAACAGCCAUCACCUUCUGAAAGUGCCCAUCAUGAUGAGAUGCAGGGGGAAUCUACUUCACAACCUUCUGCAUAUGAUGGAUUUGGCCCGGUAGGUUGUGAUGGGAUCCAUUUGUCUUCCUGUGGCCAUGCAGUGCAUCAGUCAUGUCUUGAUCGAUAUUUAUCAUCAUUAAGGGAGAGGUACAUUAGGAGAAUUGCAAUUGAAGGAGGGCAUAUUGUUAACCCAGAUAAGGGAGAAUUUCUGUGCCCUGUCUGCCGCCGGCUUGCAAACUCUGUUUUGCCUUCCUUUCCUGGAAAUUUCCGGAAGGGUGGGAAGCCCAUGGUUUCACCUGUCAAUUUAUCAAACGAUAGGGAGGCAUUUUUGCUAAUGAAAGGAUUUGCUCUCUUGCAAUCUGCUGCAAACAUUAGUCGAAAUAGAAAUAUCUUGAGAACUGUUCCACUGAACAUAAACAGAAGGGCCGCGCCAAAUCUGGACUUUGUCUGUCGAAUGCUCUGUAAAUUGUAUUUCCCAAACAGACAGGAGAAGUUCUUAGGAACAUCAGGGGUAAAUGAGUCUAUGAUCAUGUGGGACACACUGAAGUACUCUCUCAUUACUAUGGAGAUUUCAGCUCGUUCUGGAAAAGAGUCUACUAUGCCAACAUAUACCCUUGACUCCUUAUAUAAGGAACUCAAUUCGUCUAGUGGGUUUACAUUAUCGAUGCUGCUGAAGAUUGUGCAAUUUGUGCGUAGUAAUAAUGUCCUUCGUGUACUUCAAAGAUACAGAGGCAUUCAGCUCUUUGGAGACUCUAUUUGCUUGGGUGCCUUCAAGAAAUCUGGUGACAGCACCGAACGACAUGCAGGUGACUUAUUAUGGAAGCAACUUGAUAAAGAAGUAUUAUUUCCUGAUGUUCCAUUCUGGAAUCGAGCAGCUGAUCCCAUUAUUGCUCAUGAUCCUUUCUCAUCUUUAAUGUGGGUUCUGUUUUGUCUUCCACAACAAUUUUUCUCUUGUGAAGACUCACUGCUGUACCUAGUACAUGUCUUCUAUUCUGUUGCUGUGAUUCAGGCAAUAAUUACAUAUUGCGGAUUAAAAGACUCCAAAUAUGAUGGCUUGGACUAUGGUGAUUCCCUGAUAACCGACAUACUCAACAUUCUAAGGGAGUCUGGAUGGGUACGGCAAUAUUUUGUUUCGACCGGUGUAGAUUCGUCUGGUGACAUCAUGGUUGUUAUUCGUAGAUUGAGUUUCCCCUUUUUGAGGAGAUGUGCAUUACUGUGGAAGUUACUGAGGACUUCUGUCUCAGCACCAUUCUGCAGUAGGGAGGAGAGAUUAUUCUCUAAUCAUGUCGACCAGGUAGCAGACAUGGAGACCGACUUUGCUGAGAUCAAUGAAGUUGAAAAUUUGGAAAAGCUAUUCAAGAUUCCACCGUUGGAUAUUAUUCUAAAAGAUCAUGCUCUUCGAGAUAUAGCUAUGAAGUGGUGCAAUCAUUUCUGCUUUGACUACAGAACACGAAGCUUUAAGGGCAAUCUACAUUUGGCACCUGCAGUGCCAUUUAGGUUAAUGCACCUCCCUCGUGUUUACCAGGAUCUGCUGCAGAGGUACAUUAAACAGACUUGUGCUACCUGCAAGAGUGUUGUUCUUGAGGAGCCUGCACUUUGUUUGCUUUGUGGUAGAUUAUGCUCUCCAAACUGGAAGACAUGCUGCAGUGAGACCAAAACCCAAAUUCAUGCAGCGACUUGUGGUGCUGGUACAGGUGUAUUCCUACUGAUUAAGAGAACAACAAUUCUCUUACAAAGAUGUGCUCGGCAAGCUCCUUGGCCUUCCCCAUACUUGGAUGCUUUUGGUGAAGAGGAUGUAGAGAUGCAGAGAGGAAAGCCUCUGUACCUUAACGAGGAGCGUUAUGCUGCAUUAAGUCAAAUGGUUGCUUCUCAUGGCCUUGAUCGAAGCUCUAGGGUUCUUGGUCAAACCACCAUUGGAACCUUUUUUGUGGUGUAGCUGGUCCAAGAAUUGCACAUUCUCCUCUGGUGGGCAGGGCGAGUUGGUCGACCUUGAGCGUGUAUAGUUAAAGGGGGAAGGGGCACAUGAAGAGACCCUUAGCAGCUAUCCGUAUGAAAGAAAUUAUGCUUCCCUAAUGCCAGAUUGAUGGUCGAUAGGUUAUAACAGACAGGAGACGAAGCGUUUAUGAUAUCAUCAGUAUUAGUGGACUUCGCCAUUCACCGGUCUUUUUUCUUACGAAUGUAUGAAUAUAUCGGGUCGGAUUUCUCUGCCUUUUCUUUCUUAUUUCUCUUGUUGCAUUUUGCCCUUUCAUUAUCCUUUUGGUGUUGUCUCUCUUCUUAAUCGCCCUCUUGUGUAUAGAACUUGGAAGCUGUGCCCCAAUCGAUAAACUGUAUCCCUUAUAAGUUGUGAAUGCUAGAUAGUUUUUCCCUAUAUCUAAAGUAUAUGGGCUUCUGUGCCUCAACUGUAGGGCUGUUAAUGAACCAAGCCGCCUCGAGAAAAACUCGCUCGACACUCGAUGCGUAUUAAUCGAGCCAGCUCCCGAACAAACUUGUUAACUAAACGAGCCGAACUUGAGUCAUACCAUGUUUAGCUCGAAAGCUCUCGAACAAGCUCAUUUAAUGGGUUGGCAUAAAAAAAGGAUUAGAAUUCAUGGAUUUUAUGUACUGAAAUUGGGAUAAAUAUUGUGUUUUACUUUGAUAGACUAUGCUAUAGUUUUCAAUGUAAUUUUGUGCUCAGUUCUCGGUCAAUCUUGAUCUAUCAUGUACAUUUUAUGAGCUGAACUCGAUUUUGGGCUCAUUAAACUUAUUUGACGAGUCGAGCUCGAGCUUUCAUUUUCAUAAACGAGCUGAGCUCGAGCUUUGUUGAUGUCGGGGUUGUAGCCGACGUUGAAUUUUUUAUGCUGGGCACCGGAGUCGAUCGACGGCCACCUUUCGCCUCGAACUUCACUCGUGAUGUUAGCUUUGGUCGUCUCCUACAAAAAGGGUCCUCUAGCCGAUCUCGGCGGGGACACUCUCCGACGCUCAAGUUAGUGAGGGUGCCGAGUGGAGAGGAAUAUGAUAUCGAAAAGAAAGAUGAGGGAAUGGAGUUGAGAAUGAAUAUCUACGCUAAUCAUAGCGAGAGUUCACGAGUCUAGGCAUGGGGAAUUUUUUGCUUACCUCAAUCUGGAGACGAAGCGGCCUUUUAUAGAGGCUCCCAGGCAAACAUGAAGGGGGUACAUAUCUCCUUUGAGAGCUUGGUGGUUCGGUCGGUGGACACGUUGAGGGGGUACGUGGCCAAAGGUUGAGGUGACUUGGGGUGGGCGGAGAGCCCAAGGUAGCCGAGGUGACCUAGGGUAUUUGACCCUGGGGUGGCCGGAGCGACCCAAAGGUGACCCAAGGUAUUUGACCAGGGGGGGCCUGAGUGACCCCAAGGUGACCCAAGGUAUUUGAUCCCAGGGUGGCCGGAGUGAUCCCAAAGUCACUCAAGGUAUUUGACUCGGGUGACCAGAGUGACCCCGGGGUGGGCUAGGUGACCCAAGGUAUUUGACCCCAGGGCGGCCUGAGUGACCCCAAGGUGGGCUGGGUGCCCCAAGGUAUUUGACCCCGGGGUGGCUGGAGUGACCCAAGGUAUUUGACCCCGGGGUGGCCGGAGUGACCCAAAGUUGACCCAAGGUAUUUGACCCCGGGGUGGCCUGAGUGACCCCACGGUGACCCAAGGUAUUUGACCCGGGUGAUCGGAGUGAGCCCGGGGUGGCCUGAGUGACCCCACGGUGACCCAAGGUAUUUGACCCCAGGGUGGCCGGAGUGAUCCCAAAGUGACCCAAGGUAUUUGACCCCGGGGUGGCUUGAGUGACCCCACGGUGACCCAAGGUAUUUGGCUCGGGUGACAGGAGUGAGUUCGGGGUGGGCUAGGUGACCCAAGGUAUUUGACCCCGGGGUGGCCUAAGUGACCCCAUGGUGACCCAAGGUAUUUGACCCGGGUGACCGGAGUGAGCCCGGGGUGGGCAAGGUGACCCAAGGUAUUUGACCUCAGGGUGGCCUGAGAGACCCCAAGGUGGGCUGGGUGACCCAAGGUAUUUGACCCCGGUGUGGCUGGAGUGACCCAAGUUAUUUAACCCCGGGGUGGCCUUAGUGACCCAAAGGUGACCCAAGGUAUUUGACCCCGGGGUGGCCUGAGCGACCCAUGGUGACCCAAGGUAUUUGAUCCGGGUGACCGGAGUGAGCCCGGGGUGGGCUAGGUGACCCAAGGUAUUUGACCUCGGGGUGGCCGGAGUGAUCCCAAAGUGAGCCAAGGUCUUUAACCCGGGUGACCGGAGUGAGGCCGGAGUGACCCCAAGGUGACCCAAGGUAUUUGACCCUGGUGACCGGAGUGACCUCGGGGUGGGGUUGUUUCCGUCCAAUAAAAUAAAAUUUUCUUACGGUCCACUAGUUGCCCCCCUUGCCGGUGGGAAUUUCAAUUUCAUCGAAAUUUCCCAUCGACAAUUCUAUCCUUUUGGCAUUUGUUAGGCCAACGGUUUAAUGGGGGUCCAUAUUUUAUUGACACUUUUCCUUAUCUGAUGGAGUCCGAGCCAAUUCGUGGAUCGGUAUCACGCGCGAAGGCUCGGUAUCUCGAGCGGAGAUCAUUGUUGACACCGUUACCAGUAGGAGGAGGGUAAAGGUUUAUCAAAGCUAGUGGAGGAAGAUGAGAUGAUUAAUGUGUUCUUCACCAUAAUAAUGGUUAUGGUGUUUG